AGCACUUCCAGUUGUUCAACACUAACUUAACAUUUCGUUGGACUUCUCCAUCCCUGUCAAGAUGAGCCACGGUGCUAAACAGUCUCAUUGUUCCACUGGAUCUUACAAGGGAAGCUGCCAUGUUGGUGGUCAUAGGUCUCAUCCUGCGAAUUCUCAGAUUUUUAAUUAUAGUGGUUCCAAUAAGGUCCAUCUUGUAGACAAUUUCAGAGCCCCCAGUGUACAUGGAGGUUCAGGAGGCAAAGGAAUCUCAAUCUCCAAAAAUUUGUCUUUCAGCCAAGGAAGUAGUCAUUGGAGUGUACACUCAGGACACGGGAAGAACUUUAGUACUUCUGGAAAUCAGAGUGGCUGGAAGAAAAGUGGUGUGUUCUGUGUCAACGAAAAGGAAACCAUGCAGAUGUUGAAUGACCGCUUGGCCUCCUAUUUAGAAAAGGUGCACUCACUGGAGAAUCAAAACACCCAACUGGAGAGGAAUAUCCGAGAGUGGUAUGAUAGAAAUCAACCAAGUGCUUCCCCUGAUUUCAGCAACUUCUUAAAAACUAUUCAGGAGCUCCAGUAUCAGGUAUGAACAACGUUCAUUUUUUGGGAAAAUUAAAAACUGCAAAUGAAUAUUUUAAGAUGCUCUAUGACUUACUGUAAAAUUUGAACUUACUCUACAUAGUAUACAGUUUGAGUUAUAUAAAUAUUUAAAAUACUGCUAUAAAACACUGAAAAUAAUAAAAAUAUGAAGGUUUAAGAAUCAGAUGGAUUGAUUGCUUUACUAACCAUUCUAAAUAAUUUUAUUAGAGAUAUAUAAUAAUCACACAUUUUUUUCAGGUUUUCAUUAGCACUGUGGAAAAUUCAAGGGCUUUACUCCAGAUAGGCAAUGCCCGUCUGGAAGUAGAUGACUUCAAAAACAAGUAAGACUUAUGUUAUUGUAUAUAAUCAGCACUCCUUAAUUUAUUGCAUGAAACGUGACAAUCGUAGUAUGUGGAUGUUUAUAAGUGGAGGGCUAUACAUGUGUGUGACACACUUUCUAAAGAAACACACAAGCUUCAUGUCCAACAUUUUGUGGAAAAUUAACAUGAUAAUUUCUGUAUAUUUCACUCAAACUCAUAUAAGUACAAUGCAAGUCAGAAUAGGGCAAUAUAUAUUUAUGGGUGAUAACCCUUUCCUGCAACAAAUGUGUCAAAGUACACUGGAAAGUUGGAAACAUCAAACAGAGCACUUGAAAUAGCUGCAGAGAAAUAUACCUUCAUUAUACAGAUUAGCAAAAAGAAAGCAUUGGAUAGGACGGGAGGUCUUCGGUCACCGGUCGAGAGUGCAUCCUUGCUAACUGGGAGUGCUGGAGUCCCUUCACAUUAGACACAUGACGGGGUUGUAUAUUGCUUGCAUUCUCAGGUAGUCAACUCAAACCACUUACAAACAUGUAAACAAGUUCCCAGACUGCCUGGGGGUAGGGGGGGAUUGUAAUGCAGUACGGAGCUGAAGAAGAGCCCCUGAUCUUGGCUGGUCUUGCUUACAGGAGGUUGGAUGAGCAGCAGUACUGGUAAGGUUAUUUUGAAAUAUACAAAUGGUAAUGGUUUAUUGGUUUAUUGGAUUUAUUAAUCUUGUAAGAGUGCUUUAUUUGUACAGUAUGUUUCGUUAACUACUUGCAGACCAACGUGUCGUUGUUUAAUUUUGUUUAAUUUCAUACUAAUGGUUGAUCAGUCUUGCAUGAUUUGAGAAAGAAAACAAAAGAAAGAAACAAAAAAGGUUGUUACUGUGGAUACAUGUGUAUUUUGAAACGGUGAAUAUCCGAUAACCAAUAAAAAUUUUAUUUAAAAAAAAAAAAUCCAAUUGUAGGAAGAUCACUAGGAAAUCAAUUCUUCUAAAUAUACAACAACAUUUAUGUUUGCCAUAACCUUUCUAGUUAAAUCUAGAUACGCACUAAGAAAACGUAGAUGAAUAAUGCUGCUUAAGACUAUGCUUAUAAUUAUUAUGUCACAGAAAAUAAACUUUAUCGUAGCAUGUCUUUUGUACAUAUUUCUCAAGGUAUGAAAUGGAACUCAAGCUGAGAACAAAUGUUGAGACAGAUGUGAGCGGUCUGCGCAGCGUUCUAGAAGGACUGAAUCGAGAGAUAUGCAACCUUGAGACACGGGUUCAAAACCUUCAGGAAGAAUUGCUGCAGAUGAAGAGGAACCAUGAGGAGGUUGAAUAUUGACUAUAACAUUUAAAGUCUUUAUUAUAAGACAGAAAGUCAAAUACCAUUCUUGAUGAAUAUAUACGAUGAUUAAGUCAGGAUAAAAAAUAUACAAAUUAAUAUAAAUAUUGCCUGUUUACUUGGAGUAUAAAUAUUUGAAUGUUACCUUCUUUGUGGUCUGCACAGGAAGUGAAUUCUCUACAAGCUCAAUUGGGACAAAGAGUCAACGUGGAAGUGGAUGCUGCUCCAUCAGUAGACCUGAACCAAACUUUGUCUGAGAUCCGACAGCAAUAUGAAAAUCUAAUGGAGAGGAACCUGAAAGAGGUUGAGAACAUGUUCCGCCAGAGGGUAACCAUGAUUAUUAAAUAUUUUUUAUGUAUGUAAUGAAAUUCUCAAAUAUAGUAAAUAAAACAUAAUAUCUAUUAUAAUUAACAGUCUUAUCAUGGAAAUAUUGUUAGGAAUCAAUUUCUAACAGGUCAUUUACAAUUGUAAAAAUUAGGGAUGGGUGAAAUUCCCUGCAAAAGGAGCUCUUAAAAAUAUUCAUAUUUUAUUAAAUGUUUCAAAUUUUUAUUAGACAAACAUUUUUAUUACAUGAAACCGUGUUAUUGUGAAAUCAUGUUUACAGUUGACAAAUAUAAUAAUAAUAAUAACACGAGUACAACAAAUGUGCAAAAAAUAAAAUAAAAAAUACGGAUACCAAAUGAUAAAAAAAAAUCUUAUGCUAUGGUUAAUUAUAUUUCCGUUAUCUGAAUUCUUCUAUGCACUAUAGUAAAUAAUUCUAGGAAUACUUUAAAAAAAAAAAAACAGUAAUUUGCAUAGAAAUGUAAUUGGCUUUUAUAAUAAACUUUCCAACUUUCCUCACGUUAGUUUAAAAUAAUUUUUUGAGUUUUGUAGAUCUUCUAAAGAGCUCUGUAUUCUUCUCCAUAAUGAAUAAUGCCAUGAUAUAAUUAAGAAGUUUUGUUGAGUAAUGUACGUGAAUAAUUUAUUUUAUAUGCAGUUUACACUGUAUGAUCUCUAAUUCUUCCAGACUGAAGAUCUCAAUCGUCAGGUGGCAUCUGGGUCAGAACAGCUCCAGUCUGUACAAACUGAGGUCAUUGACUUGAAGCGCAAUGCCCAAACACUGGAGAUUGAGCUACAGAGUCAGCUAGGCAUGGUAUAGUUUUCCACUUUUUUUUAUAUUCUUAGCUGAUGUGUAAAAAGAUACACAAUCAAAUAUUACACCUACAUAUCUAGUAGGCGACGCCAACAAAUGUGUAUUUUUAAGUUAAAUAUUAUGUCACUAUUGUCAAUAUUCUAUUUAUUUGCCAUAUUUGUUUCAGGGCAUUAAGUUAUAUUGGAUAACAAUAAUAAUAAUAAUAAUUAGUAUAAAUAUCAGAGUAAUUUACCAAAAUUAUUUUUUUGUGUUUGUCGUAGAAAUGUGCUCUAGAAGGCACCUUGGCAGAAAUAGAAUCUGGGUACAGCUCCCAGCUAUCCCAGCUACAAGGUCUGAUCAACAACAUAGAAUCCCAGUUGGGGCAGAUCCGAUCUGACCUGGAGCACCAGAACCAUGAGUACAAAAUUCUUAUGGACCAAAAGACUCACCUAGAGAUGGAAAUUAACACAUACAAAUGUCUACUAGAUAGGCUUGAUCUAAGGUUUGUAUUUAACCAAUCAUCUUGAUCAAUUUACACUGACCCCCACAAACCCAUGACACUUGUAGUUUAGUUGCUUAAAGAAACACUCUAGGCACCAUAACAACUUUAUUGGGAUUAAGUAUUAAGUUGUUAUGGUGCCAAGAGGUCCAUGGCACCUGCUUACUGUUCACAAACUGUUUAACCCCAAAGUUCAGCACCCAACGCUGUUUAGCUCUUCCCACUGUGGUUCCACUCUGGUUCUUGAAAGAGGAAGCCUUGGCCAGGUGUGCUGCAGAUUGGCUGAGAGUGUUAACUGAUGUGCUAUGCCAAUCAGUAACUCCCAAUUCAUAAAUAUUUGUUUUUUUUCUUGAGUGGUUUUGUGAAUGGGAAGUCACCGAUUGGCUUGGAGUGUCGACUGACACUCUCAACCAAUCAGUGGUGCCCCAGUCUGAGGUUCUUCUUUCAUGAAUCUGAGCAGUGGAAGGAUAGGAGGCAAAGCAAUCAGGAGCUGGAUUCUAAACUUUGUUGUUGAAAGUUCUUGAACAGUUUAACCCCUAAAACUAAGCCAGCGCCAGGAACCUCCUGGCACCAUAACAAAUUAAUUUCAAUAGAGUUGCUAUGGUGCCAGGAGUGUUCCUGUGAAAAAGGCAAGAAAAUAUAUAUUUUAAUCUGUUAAUGACAGAAAAAUAAUCCUUAGUCAAAUCCAUGGCAACAUAAUUUAAAAUAUUGAGAAGUAUUUUACACAUACGAAAACAAACUUAACAUGUUUCAAAUCCAAUAUAUUUUAUUAUGUAAUAUUGAUAAUUAGUUUUUAACAGCGUUGCUACAGGAUCAGCACAAUGUUCAACAUUUUAAACUACACUUUUAACAAAUAAUAAAUAGGAAGAGAAUCAGUGGAAAACCAGAAUAUAUUUCUCACGAUCCUUACAUGUAUUCUUACUGGUCUUUUUCUUCCAGUGCUCAAGAACAUAAUUUCCAAGAGAGCAAAGACAGUAAGUGGAGACAUUUUACGUUAUGUCCAAUACAGUGAACUUACCUUUGACUUUGGUUUAGUGAUAAGCUUACAAACAAAGAGAAAAAAAGCUAAAAUGUAGUCCUCAUGGUGGGACAAUAUUUUAGACAUUCACAGAUAAAUCACUGACAGAGAAUUUUUGACUCAUGUACCUGCUUAAUGAGUCAUGGCUUAACUCCUGUGAAGUAAAAAAUGACCCCAGCCUAAAUUAUUUGAAACCAUUUAUUUUCCAUAAAUAAGGAUUGUUCUUUCACCAUGGAGUAUUUAUUAAAUGUUUUUAUUGAUUUAAUGUUGCCUAAGAUAACGCAAAUAAAGAAAUCCUCUUAUUUUGGAUAUCUUCUUCUUAAACAUAUAACAUGAGAGGUUAUUUAAUUAGCAUCCAUUUUUAUAGACUUGUGCACAAAUCCUAGUCACCUGUGACAACCAAAUCAAAUUCCUGCUAAUUGAUACCCAAACGAAUAAAUCCGUCUGGCAUUUACCUGACGGUUCAAUUUGUUUGGUUUAUUCGUUACAGGUAAAAUGGAUUUUUGUUAAUUCGACACAUUUAACUAAAAUGGUUUAUAUCUAUUAAGCAUCUUGGGUUAAUAGACAAUAUGUCCUACAAAGAUUAAAGGUAAGACGAAUUGCAGAAAACUGACUUUCAUUAUACCGGAAUUGACGCAAUCUCUUGCAAGUACCUACUGAUCAGAGUAGUAUUUAAUUUUUUUCUGCCCCAUCAAACUUACCUUUGUCCUACUAUUUUCUCUUUAUCCUUCUCAAUCUGUUUUUCCUCUCUUCAUUUCUGCUCUAUUUCUCUUUAAACAUAAGACAAAGUAGGGACUACUUUGUCUUAUGUAUUUUUCCUAUGCUUGAAUUGUGACAAAAUGGUGAGCUUAAGGCAAGCUCCACUUCCUUUGUCAAGCAAACUUUUCCACAAUCCUCACCUCCUCCUGUGCUUCAUCUAUUACCUUGCAACAUUUUCCAAUGCCGCAAACAGCCAGUUCCAUUUUCAUCGCUCACGACACGACUGGGCAUGAGCCAAACUGCUCCCCCACUGCAUACUGUGGGGUUAGAGAAGGCAGUGACCUUACAUCACUGCCAGAAAUUAGAAGAUGGCACAACCAGGAAUGAGCAUCUGGAGCUGCGAAGAGUAGUGCAAUUUGAGGUGAAAAGGGAUGAUUUAUUGAGAAAAAUAAAUUAAAAUAGGAAAAUUACGAAAUUACCUGUGAGGAAAGGAGAUAAACAAAAAUGUAAAGUUACUGUGUGACAGAGUCGCUAUAAUCUAAAUCUGGAAUUAUUCUGUUGACUGGCAAACCCCUUGAUUUUUUUGGUCCUAACAAACAAAGUUGCAGAAUGAACACAAACACGAAUGGUAAAUUUAGGACCCCCAAAAACAUAAAUAUAUCUCACCAGUUGGUAAUUUGUUCUGAAUAACUCAAUAUGUUUUCUUUCAGGUUCUCAUCAUGUCUCUAACAAUACAAUGCAACAUAACAAGUCCUAAAAAUUGACUGGUCACUCUGGAAAGGUAUUGGGGAAUGAAAAAAGAACAGACGAAGAUUUAUAAUCAUUCUCAAAGUUCUCAGAAUUCUGAGUAGUUUACCAAAAAUCAUUUCUUUCUCUUAUUGAACAAAAAUGAACUGAAACUUGUUUUUAUCAAAACGAUGCACGUCAAAAAUGGAACUGAAAAGUCAAAAGGUCCUGAAUAGUCCUAUUUAUUAGAUUGAAAUGAGGUCAGAAGGUUAACGGCACUUAGCUCAAAAAAACAUCUCCAAAAUUAUAAUUAGGUGUAAAGUUGCCCUUUAUAAAUGCACAGGAAUUUUUCACAAAAAUGCAAACAUAUACAGUAAGAACAUAACAUUUAUUUUGAUGUGAAAAUAGCUGUGCUACUACAUCUUGUUAUGUACAGUAUUACCAAUUGUAUAAGGCAAAGUAAGGUAUUUAAGUAAUGGACAAUUUCAGUUGUUUUGUGUGUGUUCCUAUUCUUCUUUUCUAAUGCUUGAAUUUCAC